AUGAAGGAAGAGGUUCCCCACAUAAGACCUGGGAAAAAGGUCGUGUAUACUAAUGGGGAGCCAGGGAUUUACUGGAUGACUGAGGAAACAAAGAGCUCAAAGCAAUUUCAGUUGCAGAAAAUAGUAUAUGAAAAAAGAAAGCAAAUACUGCUCAAGGUGUCUUCAACAAACAUUGUGGAGGAAGAUUGCAGGAAGAAAAAGAAAGAGGAUAGCGAGAGAAGUAAUGAGGAUUCUGAAACAAAACAAUGUUUUGCUAAUGGGAAGAAAGAUCAAAAAGGUAAAGGGGUGGCCAAUGAACAAAAAAGAAAGGAACAGAAAAAGGAGUUUAAACAGAAUGGUGUCCAGAUCAGAAGUAAUGAGAAUGAUGGUCUGGAAGAGUCUAAAUUUAAGGUGAAGCAAAAUCUGUCAAAGCUCAAACAUAAUAUUCAAAUUGAUGACCAUUCAGGCAAAGAUAACAAGAACAAUAAUGUCCAAAUAGAUGAUAUUCCAGAUUCAGGAACCACAGAGACUGCGAUAGCUGAAGUAGGGCUGCAGAGUGAGUCUCCUCAACUAGUACAGUCUGUUGGUGAUGAGCAACAAGCACAGAAGGAGAAGUUGAAUAAUAAAGGUUGUCCUAAUUCAGAUGCAGUGUUUUUGAUUGAGCAUGAGUAUGUUAAUAAGGAGGGUUCUGGGGUUAUCCUUGAUGAUGAGAGGAUUAGUGAGUAA